AUGAUGAUUUAUGGACUGAAUCCUUUACCCACUGAAGACUUGCCAAAACUAAAAUUACAGCAAGCUGCUGAAGUUUCUCAACUGCGGGGAGCAAGGGUAAUUUCUGCUGAAGAUCUUCUGUUUUUGAUGCGCAAAGAUAAGAAAAAACUUAGAAGACUGCUAAGAUACAUGUUUAUCCGAGACUACAAAUCAAAGAUUGUCAAAAGCAUAGAUGAAGAUGAUCUCAUAGAAGACAAAUUGAGUGGCAGCAAUAAUGCAAACAAAAGACAAAAAACUGCUCAGGACUUCCUUAACUCUAUUGACCAGACAGGAGAACUUUUGGCAAUGUUUGAAGAUGAUGAAAUUGAUGAAGUUAAACAAGAAAGAAUGGAG